CACACCCCAAUCCACUGAUACUCCAAAAGAAGGAAAUCAUUUCUAACAGGAGUUGUAGUAGAAAUCUUGAGGUAAAGAGAAAAUGGUGGCAGGAAGUUUCAGUAUUGAAAUAGAGUCUCCAGUGGAGGCAAAAAGGCUGUGGAAAGCAACUCUGGACACCCACAAUUUAUUGCCAAAGCAAGCUCCAGGGCUCAUUUCAGGCAUCACACUUGUUCAAGGUGAUGGAGGAGUUGGCACCAUUCGACACGUUAAGUUCACUCCAGUCAACAAGGAUUUUAGCUAUGUGAAAGAGAAAGUGGACUUAAUUGAUGAGGCCAACAUGGUUUAUGGUUUCAGCCAUGUGGAAGGGGGAGUUUUGGGGAAAAAAGUGGCCUCAGUAAGCUACAAAAUUAAAUACACCCCCAAACCAGGGAGCGGAUGCAUAACAACCUAUAGCUGCAACUAUGAUAGCCUCCCUGGUGUUCCCCAUGAUGAAGCCAAAAUUGAGGAGAUCAAGGCCAAUAGCACUGGUUUGUUCAAGCAGGUGGAGGAAUAUCUUAUUGCCAAUCCCACCUUAUACUGUUGAAAUCAUCACGAUCCCCCUCUUUCUCAAUGGCAGUAGUGCCACUUGCUCAAUAAAAACUUGGUGUCUAUCUCAUAGUGAUAAAAUUACCAGGAUUUCCCUCUUUCUCAAUAAAAAUGUGCGUCUUAGGGCAAUAGUAAAGUUUUUGGAAAUUUUUCAAUGUUGGUUUAAAAUCUAGCUACGGUUUGGCUCAACAAUAGUAGCUUCCUCUCAAUUAAAUAGAAAAAGAAUAUAUAUUGUAAUAACAAGCCAAAGAGUGACGCUUUCUUAUGUAUUAAGUUAUGGUUACGUAAGUUUGAAAUAUAAUUAUAUAGCUUGUAUUA